GUUACCUUCCAGUGUAACCUAUAAAAGGCAAUUGCAACCUUGCCAUGGCCUCUCUUUUGCGAUCGACACCUACAGAAGACAGCAGGGAUCGUUUUACCGAACCAGCAACUAUAAUACCUCAUCAUCAACAAAAAGUCCUCUACAACACCGUUGCAGGUCGAUAGCUACCUACUUGUUUUCAUCUAAUAUUAUCUACGCGGGAGUUCAACCACAUCGUGGAUAUUGACCGGCAUUUACUCACUAAGCAAAGCACCAAAUUUAUAACAAAUGGCUAAGGUUCUUCUAACUGCUGCUGAUAAGUAUGCGCCCGAAAAACUGAAAGUGAAAUGCCAACAGGCUAUGUGUAGUAACCUCUCCGUAGAAAACGCAUUGGAAACUUUAGUAUUAGCCGACCUACAUAGUGCGCAUCAAUUGAAAGCACAAGCCAUAGAUUUCAUAAAUAGUCAUGCCACUGAUGUGCUGGCAACUUCCCGCUGGCAGAGUAUGAUUACGACACAUUCACAUCUGUUUGAGGAGGUACUUCGUAAGAUUGCGACAUCACAGAUACCAUCAACUGGACUAGCAAGCAAGCGUGAAAUUAACUGAAAACACGUCACGACAAAUCGAUACACAUCUGAACAUGUGUGCAUAAUAUUGGCUUUAUCUAUUAAUCGAAUAUCAAGAGCUCUAUUAAAUAUCACAGCGCACGGCAGUGCGCGCGAGUGACGAA